GAUACUUUGAAAUAGUACAAUCGUCAAACCGCAUGAGAACUGAAACAAUCGAAGAAGACACCACCACGCUAUGGGAAAGCAGAAACAGCAGGUGAUCUCCCGUUUCUUCGCUCCCAAAUCUAAAGCCCCUUCAUCAUCUUCAUCUUCAAUACCAUCAUCACCAUCACCAUCUCCAUCUCCAUCUCCAUCUUCGCUCCCAAACCCACCAACCCCUCCACCAAAAAUCUCCACCACUGUCACUUUCUCUCCUUCCAAACGCCUUCCUUCCUCCCACGUGUCCCCCUCCACCAAACCCCCCAAAGCCCCCAAAAUCUCUCACCCCAUUGACCCCUCUCUCCACCAAAAGUUCGUACAGAAGCUUCUUGAGCCUUCUUCCUCAACACCCACAAAGCUCCCACUUCCAACCACCAAGUACACUCCACUGGAGCAACAAGUCGUGGACCUAAAGCAAAAAUACCCAGAUGUUCUAUUGAUGGUAGAAGUUGGGUAUAGGUAUAGAUUCUUUGGUGAGGAUGCUGAGAUUGCAGCUAGGGUGUUGGGCAUUUAUGCUCAUGUUGAUCACAAUUUCUUGACUGCUAGCAUACCAACUUUUCGAUUAAAUGUCCAUGUGAGGAGGCUUGUCAGUGCAGGGUUUAAGGUAGGUGUUGUUAAGCAGACCGAAACUGCAGCCAUUAAGGCGCAUGGUUCGAAUAAACUGGGACCCUUUUGCCGGGGUUUAUCGGCAUUGUACACGAAGGCGACGUUGGAGGCAGCAGAGGACGUGGGAGGUGGGGAAGACGAAUGUGGGUCUUAUAAUAAUUACUUGGUUUGUGUAGUUGAGAAAGGGAUUAGUGUAGAAAAUAGUAAAGAUUGUGGUGUUGGGGGUGGGUUUGAUGUGAGAAUUGGGAUUGUUGCAGUUGAAGUAUCAACGGGGGAUGUUGUUCAUGGGGAGUUCAAUGAUAAUUUUAUGAGGGCUGGGCUUGAGGCUGUGAUUUUGAGCAUGUCUCCUGCUGAAUUGCUUCUUGGAUACCCGCUCUCUAAACAAACAGAGAAGUUGCUAUUAGCCUAUGCUGGACCUGCAUCAAAUGUUCGUGUGGAGCGUACCUCAAGAGAUUGCUUCAGUGAUGGUGGAGCACUUGCUGAAGUUAUGUCUUUAUAUGAGAACUUAAGUGAAAAUAGUAGAGCUGAUCAUCAAGUGGACAACACAAAAGUGAUGGAACACGAAAAUCAUUGCCUGGCAAUUGAGGGAAUUAUGAGCAUGCCAGAUUUGGCUGUUCAAGCACUGGCCUUAACCAUUCGCCAUUUGAAACAAUUUGGUUUGGAAAGAAUUCUGUGUAUGGGAGCUUCGUUUCGGCCCUUUUCAAGCAACAUGGAGAUGACCCUUUCAGCGAAUGCACUUCAACAAUUAGAGGUAUUAAAUAAUCACUCUGAUGGAUCUGAGUCUGGCUCCUUGUUGCAUACCAUGAACCACACUCUUACCAUAUUUGGUUCGAGACUUCUUAGGCACUGGGUAUCUCACCCUUUAUGUGAUAGAAACAUGAUAUCUGCUCGCCUUGAUGCUGUUUCUGAGAUUGUGAUGUCCAUGGGUUCUUGCAAAGCAUCACAAAAUUUUGGUGGGAUUGAUGAGGGAGACUCUGAUGUCACAUAUGUACAACCUGAGGUUAAUUAUUUGCUUUCUUCAGUUUUAACAACUUUAGGAAGGUCACCAGAUAUUCAACGUGGACUAACAAGAAUUUUCCACCGGACAGCCACUGCAUCUGAGUUCAUUUCAGUCACGCAAGCUAUUUUAUUUGCUGGGAAACAACUUCAGCGACUUCACAUUGAAGAGAAAGAUGUUGAUGAGAAGGGGCAAUCAAGGAGUGUGCACUCUGUUUUGUUAAGAAAGUUGAUUUUGACAGCUUCAUCAUCUGGUAUAAUUGGGAAUGCUGCGAAACUAUUGUCCACCCUAAACAAAGAAGCAGCUGAUAAAGGGGAUUUACCUAACUUAUUCAUUAUUUCAAGUGGCCAAUUCCCAGAGGUUGCUAAAGCAAGGUCACUGGUUCAAUCAGCAAAGGAGAAAUUGGAUUUAUUAAUUGGAUUGUAUCGGAAGCAGCUUCGAAUGAACAAUUUGGAAUUCAUGAGUGUUUCUGGGACCACACAUUUGAUAGAGUUACCUGUAGAUGUAAAGGUACCUUCAAAUUGGGUGAAGGUAAAUAGUACAAAAAAGACUGUUCGCUAUCACCCCCCUGAGGUAUUGAGUGCCCUAGAUCAACUAUCUCUGGCAAAUGAGGAGCUCAUGAUUGCAUGUAGAGGUGCUUGGGACAGUUUUCUAAGGGCAUUUGAUAAAUAUUUCUCUGAGUUCCAAGCUGCUGUCCAAGCUCUGGCUACUUUGGAUUGUCUGCAUUCACUUGCCAUUCUGUCAAGAAAUAAGAAUUAUGUGUGUCCAGUUUUUGUUGGUGAUAGUGAACCUGUUCAGAUGCAUAUUUGUUCUGGUCGUCAUCCGGUUUUGGAGACAGUAUUACAAGACAAUUUUGUCCCAAAUGACACAAAUUUGCAUGCAGACGGAGAGUACUGUGAGAUUGUUACUGGACCAAACAUGGGUGGAAAGAGUUGCUAUAUUCGCCAAGUGGCUCUCAUUGCUAUCAUGGCCCAGGUUGGUUCCUUUGUACCAGCAUCAUCAGCAAAACUGUGUGUGUUAGAUGGCAUCCACACCCGAAUGGGCUCCUCUGACAGUAUCCAGCAAGGAAGGAGCACCUUUCUAGAAGAACUGAGCGAGGCAUCUCACAUAAUCCACAAUUGCACAUCACGCUCAUUGGUUAUCAUCGAUGAACUGGGGAGAGGCACAAGUACACAUGAUGGUGUAGCAAUUGCCUAUGCUACAUUGCAUUAUCUUCUGGAGCAUAAGAGAUGCAUGGUCCUCUUUGUCACCCACUACCCUAAAAUUGUUGAUGUCAAGAAUGAAUUCCCAGGCUCUGUGGGGGCAUACCAUGUUUCAUACAUGAUGUCACAAAGAGCUAUGGAUAUGGAUAUGGAUAAAACAGACUCAAAAUCUGAUAAAAAUGCUCAAACUAUGGAUCAUGAGGAUGUCACCUACCUUUAUAAGCUUGUGCCUGGCGUUUCAGAGAGAAGUUUUGGGUUUAAGGUUGCACAGCUUGCACAGCUACCUUCUUCAUGUAUUCGCCGAGCCAACAUCAUGGCUGCAGAAUUGGAAGCAAUGAUUGCCAGCAGAGUGAAAAACAGUUCAGCACAAAAGACAUUACAAGGAUCACAAGAGAGCAUCUCAAUAAAAUCUGGUUGCUCCAGGGCAGAACAAAUAGGCCUGGAAGAAGAUGCUUGCAGGGAGUUCUUUUUGGACUUGAAAUCAGCAUUGGGCAAUGCUGAUCCUGAAAGAAGCCUCCAGUUUUUGAAGCAUGCUAGAAGCAUUGCAAAAGAGUUGAUAGGCAGAUAAAAGAGAAGAUCCAGAAAGCAGAAUGGCAUAUAUGUAGGAUGGAGAGAACAUUGAUACUUGCAGAUACAAACACACAUACAGAUGGUGAAUGUUUUCAGUUUGUAGGUAAUUUUUGUGUGAAGGUUUUGUAUUCGGAUCCCUCCUGACAGUUGCUUUUUGUACUCUCACAUGUACCUUCCAGUUUCAGCAAUGGUUUUUCUUGAGCUCCUUCAUA